ACCAGGCGGCGCGGAGGGGGGAGCGAGGGGAGGGCAUCAGAGUCGGGUUGCCAGCGCAGCCAAGCUCCGCCUCUGCGAUCUGGGGGCGGGCAGGGGAGCCCGGAUACCGCUGACCUCGGCGGCGGCAGCGCCGCGGAACCGGGAUCGGGGCGCGGGGAGAAGGAGUGAGGAGCGCGAGAGUGGGCGUCCCCCCUGCCGCGCGCGUGGUGUGCGCCGAGGGCGGGGCGGGCGGGGGCGGUGGGCGCGAUCACGUGACGGGCGGGCCGCCGCCAUUUUGUCCUGCGGAGGCCGUAUUUAGGGCGCAGCGCGCGCGCCGCCGCCACUCCCGCCGGGACGGAGCUUCCGCGCCCCGGGCCCCGCUGCCGCCCGCCCCGCGCCCCCACCCCGGCUCCUCCUGCCCCGCCUGCUCCCGCCGCGCCUCCGCCAUUUUGUGGCCGAGCAUUGCCCGCCGAGGACCGGCGCCGCGGCGGAGCUUUCCGCCUGUCCCCCGCCCUCUCGUGCUCCGACUCUAGCGGCGCCUCGGCCCCGUCCGGCUCGCGCAGCCAUGUCUUCCGGCGCCAGCCCCGAGUACGCCUCCUUCUUCGCCGUGAUGGGCGCUUCGGCCGCCAUGGUCUUCAGCGCCUUGGGAGCUGCAUAUGGAACAGCAAAGAGUGGCACAGGUAUUGCAGCCAUGUCUGUCAUGAGGCCUGAGCUGAUCAUGAAGUCCAUCAUCCCUGUGGUCAUGGCGGGUAUUAUAGCAAUCUACGGCCUUGUAGUGGCAGUGCUCAUUGCCAAUGCCCUCUCACCUGAAAUCACGCUAUUCAAGAGCUUCCUUCAGCUGGGCGCUGGCUUGAGUGUGGGUCUCAGCGGUCUGGCUGCUGGCUUUGCCAUUGGCAUCGUGGGCGAUGCAGGUGUCCGGGGCACAGCACAGCAGCCCAGGUUAUUUGUGGGGAUGAUCCUCAUUUUGAUCUUCGCUGAAGUCUUGGGUCUCUAUGGCCUCAUUGUUGCCCUUAUCCUCUCCACGAAGUAAAUGUUGCGGUAUGAUGUAAAGAGAUGUAACAAAUCUACAUUUAACAAAAAAAAAGCUCCAGAAUGAAAAUGGUUUCUCCAAUGUGUACAGUUGUCCCAAUUUGGUAGUUGAUCUCUUGUAAAUGCGCAAUAUAUGUUAGUGACUCGUCUGUCCUGUGUGUACUUCAAUAUUAACUUGGAUGGGUUGCUCCAGGCCUGCUGCAUGGCUUGGGGUGGCCCAUGUGCAAUUUUCCACCCAUUGCUGUUAGUAUUUUAUGUAUAAAUAUGAACUAGAAAUGUAAUUUUUUUCUCUUCACUGGAUGUUUAUUUAUAAAAGACUUGACAUGUUCAUACAUCUAUGGAGCAAGGAUUUUCAAUUUCCCAUGCUAUAUAUAUUAAUCUUAUAUAUAGGUAGAUUACACUGUGGGGUAAAUUGUAAGUGCAGAGAAUUCCUUGGAUGUAAUUUUGAUUCUAAAGAUUGCUGUAGUGUCCUGGUAUUGGAGUAUGAGAAUUUUGUGUUUUAUUACAGCAAUUGUCCGAAACACUCCCGUGUUUCAAUAGUAACUGCGUAUGCUCCGGCAUCAGUCGUGCACCCAGUGUUGGGUUACAAACUUCUACCAUGUUUCCAAAUAAAACUUCCUCACUACAUCGCU